GUAAAUGCGGCACAGAUGGACUAUUUCUCGAGACAGCGCUCAAUCCCAGACUGGCAUCAGCCUCUGAUCGAGGUCCAGACCACCCUAGUCCUUGGAGUCGGUGGCAUAGGCUGUUCCGUGGCCAGAAACCUAUGUCGUCUUGGUGUGCAGGAGGUGAUAAUUGUAGACUGCGAUACAGUGUCAGCCUCAAACGUCAAUCGUCAAGUACUGUAUUCCACGAGUGAUGUUGGCAGGAGCAAGGUUUCAGCAGCUCUUGAUGGACUCAAGCCGCACUGCAUUAGAACCAAGUUGACAGGUGUUGAGUGUGAUGCAGUAAAAGAAUGGGGCAAGAUUGUUGAACUGACUAAAAGAUCAAAUGUUGUGUUCAAUGGUAUUGACGUGGGAGAAUACUUUGACUAUGCAGUCACAUCUCUAUGUGUCGCUCUUGGAGUGUCCUAUGUGGCUGCCAGCUCCUACGGUCACACUGCAGUGGUGGACUGCUACCCUCCUCCUCUCCUUCCUAGGGAUGGUCCCUGCUGGGCCUGUAAUAACUCUCCCAGGGACAGGGACAUCCUCUCUCAGUUGACACCAACCCACAUCACUCAAAUCUCUUCUCUUUCCUUCCUCCCUGAGGACAAGACAUGCGGGCAGGAAGGACAAAAACUGAAGACCUCUGACUAUUUCUACACAAGGCACAUGGAACAUUGUCAUCACGAACCCCAGGUAAACCUUGAAGACCGGGGUCUCCUUUGUCUCCCUGGUCUCCUUUCAUCCCUAUGGGUCCAGGCUCUCCGUCUCGACCAUCUCGUCCGUCUCUCCCUCUCAGUAGCUCAAUGAAUGGAGGUAAUCCUUCAUUGCUGUCACCACUCUCUGCUUGCCGCUUGGUCACUUCCUUUCCAGAAGGACCUGCUAAGCAUUCAUUAAGUUGCAACACUGUCGAAGUAGGGAUGACAUCCUUGCAGAGGUUGGUUUAGCUGUCAUCUCACACCUUUUUCUCUCUUUCUAUUGGAAGCUCUUGGGCUGUUGCUUUUAUACCAUGCUCAUGGAUUGGACACAUUUAUGAUAUUGGAAUUUGAUUUGCCAAGUUUUUUUGGACGUCUAUCAGUGACCAUCAGAUCCUGGAGCCGAUAUGUACACACCAUAAUUCUUGUGUAAAAUGUGCACAAGCUAACAACAACUAUAGCCUUAUGUCCACAAGA